UUUUCCCCUUAAAACCAUUUUAGGAGCCGCCCCUCAUAACACAACAGCGGCUUUUUCGUAUGAUGGAAAGGCGCCAGAUUUGAUGAUUGGGAGUUCCAGAUAUGUUGGAGAGGCCGUCUCAUCCGCUCGACCCGACGAACAAGGAAAGUUGAGAAGCAAUUCCACGCAGGCGAACGAAGCAACGAAUAAGCCGGCAACCGAAGCUCUUCUGCGCGAAGCGCCGUUUAUUAGGCCGGGAAUUGCUCCGAAUUUAAGAUUUGGAGGCUCUGGCUCAUACCCAGACCUUCCUUGGGUUACAACCACUGGUCCGGGGCCAAAUGGUAAAACCGUAUCUGGUGUCACUUACAAAUAUAAUCAAAAUCAAAUAAAAAUUGUCUGUGCUUGCCAUGGGACCCACAUGUCCCCAGAGGAAUUUGUUCAACAUGCAAGUUCUGAGGGUCCGAAUUCAGAAAAUAACCCAAAUUUGGCUUCAUUUAACACUGCUAAUACCCCAAACCCUGCUCAGAGCUAAACUGUAAUUAGUUGCUGCAAAAAAAGUAGGUACAUUUUGCAAUCUAUGUCUUUUGGGCCCCCCUUCUGGG